GAGCUGCUUUAAAGAAGCGGACAUCCAUGGACAUGGCGAAGGUGGAUUCAACGAGGGCUCUGGUUAACCACUGGCGCAUCUUCAGGAUUAUCGGAGUGCAUCCGCCGGGCAAGAGGACCGUCUGGGGUCGCCACUACACGGCGUACUCCAUGGUGUGGAACGUAACCUUCCACAUCUGCAUCUGGCUUUCCUUUUCGGUCAACCUCCUGCAGUCCAACUCGCUGGAGACCUUCUGCGAGAGCCUCUGCGUGGCCAUGCCGCACACGCUCUACAUGCUGAAGCUGAUCAAUGUCGGCCGGAUGCGCGGCGAGCUGAUCCGCAGCCACCGGGUGCUCCGUCACUUGGACAGGCGGCUGGGCUGCGCCGACGAACGCCGUAUCAUUGUGGCCGGCAUCGAGCAGGCCGAGUUCAUAUUCCGCACCAUUUUGCGCGGCAUUGUGUGCACCGUCACUGUUGGCAUCGUUUACAUGGCCGUGGCCAGCGAGCCCACGCUGAUGUACCCCACCUGGAUUCCCUGGAACUGGAGGGACAGCUCCUCCUCCUACCUGUCCACCGCCAUGCUGCACACGACCGCCAUCAUGGCGAAUGCGACUGCUGUCCUCAAUCUGUGCACCUAUCCGGGCACCUACCUCAUCCUGGUCAGUGCCCACACCAAGGCGCUCGCCCUGCGGGUCUCCAAACUGGGAUAUGGCCCUCCACUCCCGGCGGUUCGGAUGCAGGCCAUUCUGGUUGGGUACAUCCACGACCACCAGAUCAUUUUGCGCCUCUUCAAGUCACUGGAGAGAUCCCUUUCGAUGACCUGCUUUCUGCAGUUCUUCUGCACGGCGUGUGCGCAGUGCACAAUCUGCUACUUUCUACUCUUCGGGAACGUCGGGAUCAUGAGGUUCAUGAACAUGUUGUUCCUGCUGGUGGCCCUCACCACGGAGACGCUCCUUCUCUGCUACACGGCGGAGCUACUUUGCAAGGAGGGGGAGAGCCUCCUGACCGCUGUCUACAGCUGCAACUGGCUGUCCCAGUCGGUGCACUUUCGGAGACUCCUGCUCCUGAUGCUCGCACGCUGCCAGAAUCCACUGAUCCUGGUCGCCGGCGUUAUUGUGCCCAUCAGCAUGAAGACCUUCAUGGUGGUGAUUAAGGGAGCGUACACCAUGCUCACUCUGCUGAAUGAAAUUCGAAAAUCGUCCCUUGAAUAGAACUGAACUCGAGGCAAUAUAGUAAUUAUAAUAUAUUAUUAUAAUUAUAUAUA